CCAAACAAACCUCGCAGCUUAUUAUAGAUCCUCUAUUAAUAAUGACCCAAUUUUACAAAUAUUGUGUUGAGCUAAGCUGUAUAAAAGCUGUACUAAAACUUUUUCAGGUUUUUCUCGGUUCAGUCAAAAGAGCAAGAAGAUAUUACACUUCAGGCUGUACGUUUUAACCACAAAAAACGUUUCAUUACUUGAGAAACUGGUUUACAAGUAAAACUAUUGAUUAAAAGCUGUUUUGUGCAGCGGGCAAAAUGGGCAGAAAAGUCUUUAAAGGAUGGAAAAUAAGUCCGUAAGUGUCGUAAGUGUCAUUAAAAAAGCAGCUGGGUUUAUGAAAAAUCAUUAAAAAAAGAGAAAAAAGUAGGCUACAGGCAGGACUGGGGCGACAAGCUAAAGGUAAAAUUAGCAUCUUUGACGUUUCAGUUGUUUAAUGCUGAGCUGAGGACAACAGGUGUCCAACAAUGGAGAGCGAUGAAAGCCAAUUAAAAGGACCAUUGGAGUGGUUUUUCAUGAAAGCCAAAGUCGCUCUGGCGGUGGCUGUAAUAAAGAGCAAGCCUCCGGGUAUGAGUGGCAGACAGUACGCCGAGGCUUUAGCUUCCAAGCUGCGGCGCCAGGAUGAAAGCUGGAAGAAUAAAGCGCAGGGGCUGCAGCAGGAGGUGCUGAGGCUGCGACAGGAGAUGCUGAUCACCAGGGUGACGUCAACCACGAAGAGCACCACAGAGGCGGCAGGUAGACCUUUCUGCAUGUACAUAGGUCAUGACGAGACAAUGGGGGACGCUUCACAGGAUCUGUUCGGUCCAGGAAGCGAGGUAUACAGCGCAGACCUUCAACAAGGAUCCGACUCAGAAACUCCCGAUCUCCUGCUACACGACCCCCAGCCUGACAUCAUUUUCCCUCCGCUGCUGUUUCCCUCCAGUCACCACGCAGACCCUCAGGGAAAAGCCAUGCUACCUCACAUGCAGUUCCUCCAGUCGCUGUGCACCCUGCACCGAGUAGGAGGGAGCGAUAAAGACCUGCAGUCGCUGUGGCUCGGCCCCGACGGGGAUGCAGGGUCGGUGUUGAUGGACACCGUGUGCCAGCUUCUCGACUCAGUGGUGGCAGCGAGCAGGGAUCCCCCCCUGCCGGGACCUUAUGACCUCGUCCUGAAGGCCUGCCAGGUCGCUGCACGAGCGAUGGACCUCUUCUGCUCUCAGAGGCUGCCGUCCGCGGAGUUCAUGAGACGUGUGGAAGAGUCACUGAGGGAGCUGACCGGGAUGCUGCUGCAUAGUAAUCAGCCCAGCAGGCUCCGGGCUGCAGAGAGGCUGAUGGAGUGUCUGAUCACGCUGGGGAGCAGCAGCAUGUCAAAGUCCCUUCUCAUCCGUCACAUCCUCUCUCAGAUCAACGCUCUGGCCGAUCAGCUGUGGCAGACCUUUCAGGGGCAGGAGAGCUCAGGGCUGGACAAGUUCCCCGUGGACCAGUAUCAGAACUCGUGCCACCUGUUCUGGAUCGUGGAGGAGCUACUGCGGAAAUCAAAGGUACCAUGCAGGGUGGAGGUGGGGUCGGAGCAGACGGGCUUCCUGAGUCACCUGGAACAACACGUCUUCCUGUUGUCAGAUGAGUUCCCCUUGUUUUCUAUCUACAUGUGGAGGAUAGGAAGUCUCCUCACGUGCUCGGACAGAUAAGAUCCCGCGUGUACAAGAAAAGUAACACAUGCUGAGAAUUAAAAGGGAUUCUGUCAAAAGCUGAACAUCAAAGCUUCUUCCACCGAUUAGUGAAAAAAAAGGACUCAACUUCCACAUAAGUAGAGAAAAGAAGAUUUGUAACAGAAAGUAGUAUUUACGUAAAUAUAAAUAACAGCACAGAUGCAUAUUUAAUGAAGAUUUCAAUCCUUUUUACAGGCUUAAUGGUAUUUAUGUUUCCAGUAGCUGCCAUAUCAGCAGGGAAAAUGUUAUCAUCAAGAAAUGUGUGAAAUGUUUGUACUUUGGUCCCAUGAUUGUUGUCAUUCGUUCAUCCUGCUAAGUGCUAUGAAUUGCAUAGCUGCACAACCGAGUGGAAAAAUAAAUCCUUUUUUUAAUA